UUUUGCAGAAUUAAGUUCUACAGUAUUAUGAAACAUAUUUAUGUAUGAUUGUCAUCAGUGAGUUAAAGGCAUAUCAACUUCACAAUGAACCACGAGAAAACAUCCAUCAUAUUUGUGGUGGAGCAGAGCUUGCCUAUGAAGAUGUAUAUCACCGAGAUGAUUGACUCGUACAUCUCUCAUGCACUCGCGAACUUCUGUGGGGGACUGAAUGAAGAUACAGACAUCUUCUUCCAUCAAUGCAGUGCUGUGCAGUUUGGUGUCGUGUUCUUUGGCUGUGACGCUUGGCUUGGCCACGGCCUGGGCCGAGUUGUGUCUGUUGGCCCCACACCCUCAGUCAAUGCAGUGCUCACUGCCAUCAAAGGGGCCAAGUACACAAACCUGAACAACACAAGGCAAGCUUGUAUAGUUGAAGGCCUGCAGAGCGCCCUAACAUUCUUCUCACAAAUGGACAAGAUGGCGGCAUCCCAUGGCUCCUUAAACUCUGGCAACUCUGUUUCCGACUUGCCAAACUCCAGUAAAAAGUUCUGCGUGUUGGUAACUCAGAGCAGCCCCGUGAUCCACCCUUGGAAUCCUAACGCCAUCGAGUCCACUGUGAAGAACCUCAAGAACUGCGGCGUGAAGCUCUCGGUGAUCGCGUGCCAUCGGCUGCCGGAACUCUACAGGAUAUUCGAGCUCGGUGGCGGCGACCUCAGUGUGUCAUCGCACAAAAACUACGGCACAAAACCUCAGCACCUGGUACUUCUGUCGGGAUUUGUGCUGCCCGAGCACGACAACCCCCCUCUUGUGUCGCACAACACCUCUGGCAACACCAGCCUUGCACCGCAGCAGCAGCAGCAGCAGCAAUCACCUGCGGGUAACCGCAUGAACCUCUCACCACAGCACAGCAGUGCUGCUGGUGCUGCCUCCCCCUCAGCACAGCAGCAGCAGCAGAUGUCACAGCCGUCCAUGCGCAGCGCCAUGCCGUCAAUGAACCAGCACGGCAACCGCGCACCCGUCGCCAAAGCGACCAUCAUGCGGCCGGGAGCUCCGAACCAGCCGAGGCCCAGGUGGCCAAUGUCGCCAUCGCCGGACCUCAGUCCCGCCGCAAAGGGAAUGAACAUCCAGCAGAUGGCUCCCUCCAAUAUUUCAAGUUCCUCUCAGAUGGUGACCUCUAAUCUUCAAGUUCCUACUCAGAUGGGGACACCUAACCUGCAGAACCUCGGUCCUGCCCAGCAGCCCACCCUGCCUGUUGGCAACCUUGGGACACAACAGCGCACGGUAGUGUGGCAAGGAACCUUGGAGUUGCAGGAGAAGAAAGACGCUCCAAUGGUGCGUGCUAACUACCAGAUCCCUUGCAAGAUGACUACGUCGAUUGUCAACGGCGAGCCUGAAGUUAAGGCUGAAGGCUGGCCCGCUAAGCUGGUGCUGCAUCUCAUACCUAAGGGCAUCUUAAGCCCUCUAGGCAACUCCUGCUUCAAGCAGGUCCAUACCGUCAUGUUCUUGCCCGAGCCUUGCCCCGCCCUCACCGUGCUCUCAAACCACCUGUCCCGGUCAAUGGCAGGCUGCGUGUACCCUACAAACUCGAACGUCAACCUGCGCAUGAUCAUCCUGCUGUACUCGUCCGAGAAGGACGCAUACGUCGGCUUCAUUCCCAUCGACCAGCAGUCCUUCAUUGCCAAGAUGAAGACCGUGAUGCACUCCCAGCGCGCUGCCGGGCCACUGCCCCGACCCAACGCCCCNGAAACGGCCUCAGGAACCAAGCCCAAACUGAACGCACUACGCCACUUCAGGUGA